AUGCUGUAUUCAAUUUUUGAUUUUGAAAAAGUAUUAGGUAAAAAAAAAGAAAUUGGUAUUGAAGAAGAUAGAAGUUGCAAUGAUAUAAAUAAUAAAAAUAGUCAAAAUAAUGAAAAUAAUCAAAAUAAUGAAAGCAAUCAAAAUAAUGAAAGUGAUCAAGAUAAUGAAACUAAUUAA